AAUUAGACCUUUAUAAGCCAUGCAGGCACUCCGUAUCUGAUUGGGCACGUGCCCAGAAAUGGGUGGUUCAAUCCCUAUAUUUACCGGUGGAAAACUUUCCUGAUCACGAGAGCACCUGAGCACCCUGAACUGGUAAGGAAGCUUCUUGUAUUAUGUCAAAUAUCAGCAUAAUAUGAGAUUUAUAAAUGUGGGUCGCAAUUUGUAUUUUCUUUGAUUUUCUGUAACUUCCCAGGAAUUUAAAAUUGUUUGCUCAGGCUGUAUAUUUAGCUAUAUGUUUUAUAUAUAUAUAUAUAAAAUAAACUUAAAUGUAGAAAUCCACAUUUGUAUUGUAGAACUGGGCACCUCCAUAUUGGUUCCCUGUCAAUUGUCUUGUUUGCUAUUACAAACAGGAAAUAUAAAGGGGGAAAUCUGAAUAAUAUUUCUGUUCUGCUCUUCAUUUGCAUUGUGUGCCAUGCUUGUGCCAGGAUGGAGCUGUUGCUUGCGAAAAUGUUAUUAUACAUUUUAAAAGAAAACGGCACACAUAGGGACUUUUCAGUGUUUUAUUCAAUGGUGUUAUUUGCAGAGAAGUUUAAGUCAAAUGGCAGCAAGUAGGAGGAUUGGCAGAAGGGUAUGGCGGACAUCGUGUAGAAGUAAUACAAAGUAAAAAAUUUAAACUAGCGUAUUGUUUGUAUAGAACUGUAGGUGUGAUUCGGUAUAGGCAGCACCUCGGGAGUCAUCAGACCGGAGAGAUUUGGAUUCUAGUAAAGGAAAGAUUGGAGGAUCAGUGAACAUAUUAUUAUAACAGAAUAUUUAGCUGUAGAGAAGGACCCUCACCAAUGCUGACAUUGUACCGAGUAUAGAGAUUGUGAGAGUCCAGAACUGAAGGGAAUAGAUGAAUCCCGAAUAAGGAAUAUUGAGUUGUCUGAAGAGAAAGUGCAGAUACAGAUUUUGGUUCAGAUAUUUCAGUGGUGGAUAAAUGGUAAAGACCGACCAAAUGAAUGGAAACUGCAGGGAAUUGUGGAGGGAUAGAGAACGCAAUGGAAUUUUGGCUUCUUUUUAAUCACUCCAGUCAUGGACCCGAGUACAUGGCUGUUAUCCAUGAUGCUUGAAGGGGAAUAUGUGUUAUAAUUUUAAAAGAUUACACUAGAGUAAGACCAAUGGUGUUAUAUAGCGAUAAAAUAUUAUAGGAAAAGAAAGUCAGUUUCACUCUACCAUAAAGGAAAUACACAGGCCUCUCUCACUGGAGUAAAAUCUCUCCUGUUUAUUACAGUUUAGUAAAUCACAACCAGGGUUAAUUUUUUUUGUGUUGUAAAAGAAUAAAAAAACACCAAUUCUUCCAAGGUCGUCUACUGAAGUGAGAAUCGAAAGUGAAUUUGAAAUUUCAGGUCAAAAUAGUCCGUUAUGCUUUUAGUUGAGCUUCUCUGGCCUUAAAUUUGAAAUUUGAUUUGGUUUCACUUUGGUAUUCAGUAAAUAACCUUGCUGGUAACACGCUCUGCUUCUGUACCCACCUCUAGGCAUGUAUAAUAUGACGAGGGCACUACUUUAUGGCCGUCACAGCUGCUGUUAUUCUGACCAUUUCAUUAUUUUCCAGGCAGAAGACGAUAACCAUGAGGUUUGUCAUUGUAACUUUGUCGCUGCUGUUCCUAUCAGGUAUGUGGACGUUUGUUUGUGUAUGUUCGUAUAUUCUCCGCAAGUAAAAUAUAUGGCAAGGACAUCAAGUAUCAUUAAGGUACUACUGAAAUGGCCAAAGCUAAUACAAAGCACAUCAGGGGUUCAAUAGAAUUGACACAGAAGAAGGAUUCAGACAUUUAAUGGCCAGACCCUGCAUUCCUCGUCUUGCACACCUGGAGCUUAUUUGUCUGUGUACUGUAUUUAGAAUGUUUAUAUGUAUAUAUAAUAAUUAGUACACAUUUAAUCAAGUAAGCACUUACCUAUAAAUAUUUUUCUUGGUGGAAGAGGCUAGUUGCAACUGCAGUCCAGUAUGGAAACUAACAUGCAUCUCAGGCAGGUCAGGUUAUGUAUUGUCCAGUGCUGCCCCAGGUUAGUGCAGUUCUGCGAUAGCCGUGGGUCUGCCUUUUGGUCACUCCAUGAUCAGAACUAGUCAUUGUCCUUGUGAUGCUUCCGACAUGCUCUUGUUCCUGAAUGGUAAUUGAGGGGUUUAUUUAGGCAAAAAAAUUAAAAUUAAAACAAUCUAGAAAAAUUCUCAAAUUCCAUUAUAGCUAUGACUUGGCUAUUUUAGAUUCUGUUUUGACAUUCAGAUUUCAAUAUUCUGUAUUUGUUAGUUUAGUGAAGCAAUUUAAAAAAAAAUUUUUUUAUGAAUGAGUCUCUGUGGAACUCCAAACAAGUUAAUUGUUUAGAGGGUUACUCAUAAAACCCCUCUACUGACAUCAUUCCCCUCGCUAGAGUAGGACAGAUAUCAGGGAGGCCUGACUGAGGGGAGGACAUUCUGUGCUUGCCAAAGUCAAACGUCCAAUAUGCACAGAAUUCACAUCUAGCUCCGGCCUGUCUAAUAAUGCCUAAUGAUGCUACUGGAGGUGGGGUUACAACUCUGGCAGUUGAGGGGUUAAACUCUGCAUGUGCAGCGUUUUCAUCACCACUUCAAAUCAGUAAAGCUGGCAUGGUGCUUGGAGCCACCCGUUAAAUAUCCUUGAUUGUUUCCUUUUAUCGUCUACUAAGAAUUGCUCCAGAUAGUAGUUUGUAAAAUUAUAGUAAAAGCUCUUUCAGGUUAGAUCACGGCCAGGAUAUUCCAGUUCAGGUCUUGUACUAACACGGACACCUGAAUUGCAACCACCAAGCAACGUGUGAACUGCUCUCACUGUUUCUGUCACUCUAUCCUACAGGAACUCAUGGGGAUUUUCUGUGGCAGCACGAUGAACCUAAAACGCCUGAGCAAGAUGCUAGUGAAGUGAUAGCAAACCUUUUACACAACACCGUCAGGCUGGGAGAAGAAGUUUUGAAACAACUGGAGUCAUCAGAAGUUGCUAAAGAGUGAGUUUUAUCUAGUGCUACAUAAUAUCCAAUAACACUGCGUAUAAUACAGUUAUAUGUGUCAAAUUAUCCAGCACCGAACAUAACACAAUGAGAGAAGAAGAAAUAUGAUUGGAUGAAAUUUAAAAAGAUGGUUAAUCUCUCACCUCCAUCUAAUGCCACGUGUUGUCAAUCAUACUAAGGUAAUAAGAGAACAGAUAGCAUCGGUAAAAGAAAGGAUGAUCUAAAUCAGAAAAAUACAAAUUAAAUCAGUGUAAUAUCUCCCUAAAGUUAGAAUCAUCGAACUUAAAGUGAAUUCAAAUUAAAUUUCAAAUUUAAGGUCAAAGUAGCUGAUCUGGCAGUACAGCUGACUUGGAGUUUUAUCCAGUUUGGCAUUGAAUUUACUUUGAAUUCCUGACAAUUCCCAUUUUAGUGAAUAACUCUGAGAGUUUCUGCAUGUGCAGCGUUACUGUGAACAUUUCAAAGUGUGCAACACUAGUGUGAAUGCAUGUUAGGAAUACCAUGUGAUCAGUGUCCGCGAGUGCCUGUCAGUGUCAGCAUCAGUAUAAGUGCCUGUCAGGAAUACCAUGUGAUCAGUGUCUGUGAGUGCUUGUCAGUGUCAGCGUCAGUGUGAGUGCGUGUUAGGAAUACCAUGUGAUCAGUGUCAGCAGGUCUCUGUCAGUGUCAGUGUGAAUGUGUAUCAGAAACCUACAUGUUAUCAGUGUGAGCGGGUACCUGUCAGUGUCAGUGUGAAUGCAUGUCUGAUCUUUUGUAUGUGCAGAGUGUCAGUAUAAGUGAAUUUCCGUUUUAGUUGAACUAUUUACCCUAUUUAAACCCCUUCAAGACAAUUGCACUAUUAUUUCAUUCUCUAUCCCAGGCAUCUAUCUCCUUAUUGUCUGUAAAAUAGAUAAAACAGAAGUGAGGGAGAAUAUAUAUUAGAGAGGGAAGCAUUUCUUCCAACUCCCCCACAUGCUGCUGUUCAAGACCAUUAUUGGGUCAGAUGGAAGGAGAUCCUUAGAUCAUUGCACCUUGAGCAUGGCUGCAUCCUCAACACCAAGCCCUCAGUCCAUCAAGCACCAGGUGCUGAGCAGUCUAUUCAAUCAUGGCUGGAUAUAUAUGAUGUUUUUGCAUCCUCCUCUGAUGUCUAGUCACUUAUGAUGCCCACGGCUGGAUGCUGCUAACUGUGCAUUUUAUUCUAGAACCUCCAGAGAAGGUUGUAACUUUCCCCUUCAAGAGCACAGACAUCUCGUAUUCCGCCAUUGCCGUUGAUCACAGUUUGACAUUCCUCAUUGGUUGUCAAGCCUCUGAACCCCAUUGGCUUAUGUUCUGGAUAACACAUUCUUAUAAUUAUCUUGCUGAUCUGUCAUACACAGUUACAUAGUAACCCAAGUAUAAUAAUCUAGGUUUAAAAAAUGUAAAAACAUCAUCUUCUGCCUUUAUAAUACUAUUACGUUGCAUAUAAAUGUCAUGUUACACUUUUUUUUCUCUGUCCCCAAAUGAACUCCUCGUUUCUCCCUUCCAUCUUUUUGACUUGCUUUCUACAUGAUAGAUCUAGAUGAUUUUCCAUCUAGAAUUAAAAAAAAUAGGUCCUAUUUGUUAUGAUAACAUGUUUAUAACCUUAUUUUUUACAUUUUUUUGGUAGACUGCAUGUUAAGGAGAGAAUUGAAACUUUAAAAAAAAAUGCCGAUAUCUUUAAGGAAAAAGUUGAUGACUAUGUGGAUACUGUAUGGAAGGAAGUGGACAAAGAAAUUCAUGACAAUUACCCAGUGCUGAGGACGAAGGUGAUCCCUCUCCUUGAGAACUUCUAUAAACAAUGGGAAGCGUACACUGUGAGCUUGAAGAAGGAUGUUUCUCAUUAUACAGUAUCUCUUUUCUCCGAUAUAAAAAGAGGUCUUUUCAGCUACUUUGAAAAUUUGCGCCCCCUUGCAGAGAGUGGCCGUGACAAGUUACGUUCUGAAAUCGAAUCCCUGCGUUCAAACAUAGCUCCUCUUUUGGAUCAGCUUCGUGAGGAACUGGAAAGGAACCAAAAAGAACUAAAAGGUGAUAUCAAAGACAAGUCUAAGGAAGUGCAAGCACUGAUAGACAAAGGAGUUGACGAAUUGAGGGAACGCAUUAAACCCUAUCUAGAAAGUCUGAAGGAGCAGGUGUCUCCGGGGGCUGAGGAGCUGAAAAAGAAUUUGGAGAAACUGCUUGAAGAGGUCAAAGCAAAACUCUACAAAGAAGCUUAAAAGCACCUUUACAGGUUGAUGUAAGAAGGAAAGAGAUACACCCUUACAUUUCCCACCUCUCCAUCAUUACUAGACCCACCACCUCAGUCUAAUGAUGUUUGUUAACAAACAUAGUAAUUAUCUUUUCCAUCACUUAGUCUCACGUGAUUUAAUAGAUCUGAUCUCUUAUUGUGUUCUCUACCACUCAAUUUCUAUGUCGGUUUUCUUUAUUUUUCCCAUGGAUUCAAGCCCUCUAUAAGAAGUUAUCUCUUGAUGGUCUGUUGACAAUACUAUUUGUUUUAUGCAAAAAUAAAACUAUUUUCUCAAUUCUUCAUUUUUUUUAAA